CGAGAUAUAUACCUGGUAGGCUGUACUCGGUAAGUCGGGGAAGAGCUCAAGGGGCUGAAGUCCUCUUGGCUGCGGUGUGCUCGAACCAGUCCUCCAACUCUCAUCAUUAAUUGUUUACCACAACUGGCUUCGCUCAAAGCGCCCGGUCUUCUGCAGUGCUAGAAUUUCCUCUUUGAAUUCGGGUGCCCUGUCUCCUCAGGGCACAUUCAAUCUCCCGGCAAGAUGGAUUUCGAAAGCCUGAAGAACCAGGUCAGCAACUUGACCCUCUACGACAUUAAAGCUGGUGUACGAAAGGUUCAAAAUGCUGUUAUGAACCUGACAGAGAUGGAGUCUAAGGUCCGGGAAGCCACGAACGGAGAUCCUUGGGGCGCGUCAGCUACACUGAUGCAAGAGAUCGCUCAAGGAACACAUAAUUACCAGCAAUUGAACGAGAUCAUGCCCAUCAUUUACAAAAGAUUCACCGACAAGACCGCAGAAGAGUGGAGGCAGAUAUACAAGGCUUUGCAAUUACUGGAAUACCUCUGCAAGCACGGCUCAGAACGAGUCAUCGAUGAUGCCAGAUCCCACCUCUCCCUCCUACGAAUGCUUCGGCAAUUCCACUACAUCGAUCAGAACGGCAAAGACCAGGGUAUCAAUGUUCGAAACCGUUCCGCUGAGCUUGUCAAGAUGUUGAGCGAUGUUGAUACCAUCCGAACAGAACGAAAGAAGGCACGUCAAAACAAAAACAAGUACGGCGGCGUAGAGGGUGGGAUGGGCAUGGGCAUGGGAGGCAGUUUCUCCAGUGGAAGUCGAUACGGAGGCUUCGGUAGCGAGACUGGCGGAUUUGGCGGCUACCAAGGCGAAGUCUAUGGAGACGGUGGUGGCUUUGGUGGCCGCGAGACCGACUUCUCCGGUACACAGCGUCGUGCAGAUCAAUUCGAAGAGUAUGACGAGGCGGAUGACGAAGAGAUGACCAGACCUGCAAGGACCACAACCACACGGACAACACCAGCUACAGCUACAACGGCCAAGCGGGAACCUCCCAAACCAAAAGCUCCGGAACAAGAUCUCUUUGAUUUUGGCGACGAACCUGCGCCUGCCACAUCCAACGGUAAAGCGCGCGCUGCUACAGGCGGACCUGGUGACUUCGGGGCAAUGCAAAGCAGUGCUACGAACGACGACGACGAUGAUUUCGAUGACUUCCAGUCCGCGACGAGUCCAGCGACUACUCAACCGGUCAUGAGUUCAAUGGCUUCAAUUGCUCCUCCGCCUGCGACCACAUCGACCACAACAUCAGCUACUAAAUUCGCUGCGCCCACGCCACUGGCUCCUGGUCAGGCCUCCAGUUUCAACAACAUUCUUUCCACUGCAUCUCCAGCUCCUUCGGCUACAUCUUCCAUAAUGUCCCCAACUUCGUCGACAUUUUCACCUCCGCCUACUCAGAAGCCGGCACAGUCUAUGCAGCCUAUGCAGCCAGCAGGAGGUUACAAGUCCAGUGGGCCAAAUUAUUUCACUUCAGUCCCCAUGUCUCAAUCAUCAACAUCAGCAGCCUCGACACCAAUGAGCGCAACGACGCCUUCAUACUCAUCAUCCACAACAGCAGCUUCACUCGGUAAACCAGUACAAAAGCCAGCCUCGGGUGCUGGUGGUGAUGCUUUCGGAUCACUGUGGUCUUCUGCGAGUACCAAGGCAGGCGUCAAGAGCAAUACAGCAGCCGGAAAGGGGCCUGACUUGGCAAGCAUGGCGAAAGCGAAGAGUCAGGCUGGGAUAUGGGGAGCCGCAUCAGCCUCAAGCUCAACACCAAGACCAGGAGCUGUAGCACCAACACCUAACACUGCCGCGGAUCAAGGGAAACCCAGCGCAUCCUUGGGCAACGGGCUGGAUGAUCUUCUUGGAUAGACAAAACGUGCGAUGGAUUUAUGAAGAGUGAUCAGAAAUCAUAUGCUGAUAUAAGAAUAUAUUGCUUCCCUGCAGCGGCGGCCUAGAAUUUUCAAUGGCAAGACC